AUGAAAGAAGAACGGACAGUCAAAAAAAGUACUGAUAAGUCCGUCAAGGAAAUCUACGGUCUUGAUAUUGUUGGAUGUGGUUAUGACAUAGCAAGUUUAACAUCAAAACAGUGCCUAGUUGAUACCAGUGAAGUAAAUGAUACUGGUUCAUGGGCCGAUCCGCUAAACAAUUCGUUGUUGUUUACCGUACCUUAUGGAUUUCACGCGUUCAAUGCACCUGAAGCAUUGAGUGUAGACGAGAUAGUAAUGAUAACGACGAUUGAUGAUUACUGGAAAAAAACACACUAUGUAAAUGAAGAAGACGAUGACGGUUUUCUUGGUUUCGGAGCGAAAUAUGAGAAAACCGAAAUAGACACUGUAUACAAUAGGUUUUUCAAACACACGUACUAUCUGGCAUCAACUAUAAGACAAAUCAUUUGGUAUACGCUCACUGUUGCCACUUUUCCACCGCCAAAACUAAACCCAUACGCUGAAAAAUUAUUCAAGUCGCUGCCGGCUAAUUUCAAUAUAUCUGAUCUGAAUAACACAAGGUUCUUUCGUCAGUUUUUCGACGCAUUUGGAACACACAUCGUCACAAGCUCAGCAAUGGGUGGACUUGUGUGGGCACUAGACUGGUACGAAAGUUGUCUAUUAAAAAUAAAAUCGACGACAUGGAUUAAACACCAAGUCAAAAGGCGGCACGAUCCACUUGGCAUUUUUCGUUCAAGUAGCGAAUCCGAAGAGACAACCAUAUCAUUGGAAGAGACGUUUACAAAUUAUUCAACGUAUUCACUUCAGUUGAUCGGCGGCACAGAAACUAUACCUAUUGAUCAAUGGAAACAAUGGAUACCGACGAUCAAAGAAAAACCACGUCCAGUAACGUAUCGAUUGAGACCGAUUUACACGCUACUGCCCGUUGGCAGUCCAGAACGAGAAAAAUUGAAGCAGGCCACAUUCAGUCUUCGGACAGAAAUGAAGAAUAAUGCGUCACAAUAUAUUACGCAGCUACAAUUGGUACCACCACAACCUGCAUCUAUGUGUAAUCCGCCACCAACGCCUCCACCUACAGUUCUCUUUGAAAAACGGUCAUUAUCAUCAGCAUUUCAGCUAGGGAGCGAGGAGGUAGAUGAAUUUUGCCCGUAUGUAUCGUACAACGGUGUCGUUUGUCAUGGUAAAACAAAAAAGAAGCUAUUGUUACCAUCGGCGAGAAUGGUGGAUAAUGGUCCGACAAAAUUACCCCGUGGCGUUGGUAUGAGUUUCGAUAUCAUUACUGGUGAGGUGAUGUUUCCGGCGUUACAACUGACCUACAACAGUAGUAGUACAUGGGUGGAUCCGUCCACUAAAAAAUCUUUCAUUCUAUUCAAUGAAGCUAUUCUCAAAUCAGCACCGACAAAGAGUGUGUUCGAACAUAUGUUUAAAAAUGAAGAGGAUAUGUUCCAAUUUUGGCAGCCGAAAUACGUUUCUGGUCCGUUGUACGGAGGUGAAUUUGGUCGAGUGAAAAAAUUUAUGCCGUAUUAUAAUAAAUAUUUUUCUAAAGAUGAAUAUUUGUGGAUUCAACAGACGCCUUAUGCUCUAUUCUCGUUAGAAGUUCCUGCAGCUAAAAUGAAACUGAAUCGCUUGGCUGAACAGGCAAUAUCAAUGCUGCCUGCUGUUUAUAACGCCGAAGUGUAUAAAGAUUUUAUGGGAACAUGGGGUACUCAUAUUAUUGUCAAAUCGCUUCUUGGUGGCAUGUACGAAGAACAAGCAAAACUGAAAGCAUGCUUAACACUGCCGCAGUACAAUCCGACCAAUACCACUGGCAAUAUAAGCUGCGUUUUCUUAAAUGCAUCCCUUGAAUGUCUUCAUUUUCAACAACGAAGUGAUGUCAUUGCCAAACGUUAUAUUGGUGGAGAUGCUGAAGUAAUUGAAAAAGACAAUUGGCAAAAAACAAUCUCGCUGAAUCCCGCCCUGCUGCAAGUUGACCAGAUGAUUACAUGGUAUGAUUUCGUUGAGGAUAUAGUGAUCAAAGAAAAUUUAUACAAAGCAUACAAUGAUCGGUUUUUGCGUGUGCGCGAUGAACAACGAGCUGAAAUAUAUGAAAUUGUUACGCAACGAGGGUCGAUUCAACGUACAAUAACAGAGUCAAAUAAAACAAUAGUACUGGAUGGUAACGUCUGUCCGCCAAAUUCAGCACAAAAUACAACUAUAGAGGCAUGUGUGAUUCGAAGCUCGGUCAAUUAUGCCAUCAGCGCAACUUGUCCAAAUGACUUACAGGUGUUGUACGAACGUGACAUGUCGAAUGGACAAUUCCGUACAGUGAUAAAAUAUCCAGUUGUCUUUGGACAGCCGGGUGAGUAUAUAGUUUUAAAAUCCGCAGCUAUAAAUAUUUUUCUCGCCAUUUUUUAUAGAGUUAACUACAGAUAA